AAGCAACCCGGCUCAGUCUGACAAUAGGGUAACUAGAGGCCUUUGUCGUUCCAGGCCGAAAAUGGUGAAGACCCAAAGGCAAAUGGCCAUCUGAUCAGAUUAUGGGAAAAUCGUACAUAAAAUAAAAAGGGCUCUAAUUGAUUCCCCUAUUUCGUCUUCUUUCAACUUCUAGUCUAAUCUAAUGGCAAUCAAAUGAUUAAUUCCGGUUGUUUAACCUCUCGGCGGGGACCUCACGAGCCUGGAAUGGAUUGUCUCUCGCAGCAGGAAAGUCAAUCGGAAACCUUGGAGAUACCUUCCGGGACUUCUGCUGUGGUCACUGCUCUUUCUGCCUCCGGGUUGGCCACAGAUGAGUUUAGAUUUGGUAAUUCUUUUUAUGGAAAUUGGAAAUGAUGCUUGUGAUGUAGUCUGACAUGUUUCUUUGGGGAUGCACUGUCAGUGUUUUCAUGAGAGCUAUGAGCUAAUGUUACCUACAAAUCUGCAGUCGGAUUUCUUUUUAAACAUGCCGGUUCAUGGAAGGAGAGGUUGAUAGUUUCUACAAAUGAAGCUAGAACCCAAAUAUUCUAUUUUCCUCUUCAUCAGCUUUGUCAGUUUCUUGAAGAGAGUUCAUCAAUUUUUGGUGUUUUAAGACCAUGUGUUGUAUAGCACAGGAGAUGACAAAAAUACUCAAAGACUUUUGGCGGGGCACUUUGGGAGAAGCCAAAGAAGCAUUUUCAACAUGCCAACCAAAGGGAGAAAUUACACUCGAGUGAAGGCAAGGCAAAAUGUGUAGAGGAAACACCAUCAGAGUGUCAGCUUGAGAGUUAAGACAAUUGAUCUCCAGUGGGGAAAGCCAAUGCUGAGCCAAUUUUGCCUUCGGCCUCUGUUUUCGAAUUUAUAGAAUGUGUUGCUGUAGAAGCCAUAGCAAGGAAAGUCCGUUCUGCAAGCAGAUCAAGACCGCUAGCCCCAUCAAUGUCAAGGAACAAAAAUCUUAAAUUAUGCUUUCAAUUUUACUGAAAUUCUCUCACAACUCAUAUCAAUCCAUAUGUUCAAACUAGAAUAGAUUUUUGAUGGUUCUUUUUUUUUUUUUUUUUGGGUAAAUAUCUUAGAUGGUUCUUUGCUAUAACAGAUAGGCAUGGAAAUGACUAAUUCAAUUUUUCUGACUCAUAAUAUACCUCUAACCAGUGAAGGUCUUCAAUGUAGCAUGUACCAAUUUCAA